CGCCUCCGCACAGCGGGCAUUACUUUGAACAGGGUUAAGUGCGAGUUCAGUGUCACCCAGAUUUCAUUUUUGGGACAUACAAUCGGGAACAACGCAGUGAGUCCUGAUAAGCAAAAGCUUGACGCGGUGAAAGAAAUGCCACAUCCGACGUCCAAGACAGAGUUACGGCGCGUGAUGGGCAUGGCAAAUUACCUGGCCCGCUUUGUGCCCCGCAUGGCGGAAAUCCUUCAGCCUCUUUCUUUCAUGAUGAGCUCAAGACAGGAUUUUGUGUGGGGUCCCGAGCAAGAAGCCGCCUUAAAGAACUGGAAAACUCUUCUUUUAUCGGACCCUGUUAUGGGAAUCUACGAUUCAAACAUGGAAACAGUGGUGACAGCAGACGCCUCAUCGUACGGUCUUGGAGCUGCCCUGCACCAAAGGCCAAAAGAAGGCGGGGACCUGACGGACGCGCUUUCUCGGUCACCUCUUCCACAAACGGAAUUCAUGGAACUGGAGGGCGAGAUCCAGGGCUAUCUGCGAUUGGUGGCUUCGUCAGUCCCGGUAACAGCGCCGACUUUACAGUUUAUCGCCCAGGAGCAAGAGCAAGAUCCGAACAAGCCCACUGAAGAACGGAUACAGCCCCGCCGAGCUGCUCAUGGGGAGACGACUGCGCACGGCCCUGCCCACGUCCAGCGAAAGCCUUCAGCCUCGGAUGCCAGACUUCCAAGAACUGGCAGCUUUCGAGAAGUCGCAGCGUCAGCGCCAGAAGAGGGACUACGACCGACGCCACGGAGUGCGCGAUCUGCUCGAGCUGUCCGAAGGAACAGACGAAGCCACUUCCGAGUGGACCGACGCACCGCCCAGGAGACCUACGUUGGAGAAGCAAGAACCCGCAACCGCAACCGCUCCCCUGCCUCCGACCGUACUCCCACGCCACCACCAGCCUUCCGAGCCUCCCGGUCACCAUCCCCGCGGCCGCGAUUCACAUCACCGUCGCCUCGGCGCCGUUUCGUGUCGCCUUCGCCGGGAAACUAG